AUGAGUGAUGCCCGCGACCCCAUGGUUCUAGGUGGCGAGUACGACUUUUGCCGUCGCAAGCUGCGUCGCUGGGAGGGUCCGAACGAGGCAGACAAAGCGGCCGUCCACGUCGCGUUCCGCUUCGCGCUCGCCAUCCUUGACUGUAGCACCGGCCGCCUGGCCGGUUCACACGUGUUGGCAGGACGGACGGAUGGCGAAGUGAUCCGCGCCAUGGGCCAGGUCUUGUCAACGGAGCCCAUGUAUAUCUGGGUCACACGCUCGCUCGACAGGUCCCAGUACGGCUACGAUGUCUGCCAGGUCCGUGACACACCUUCAGAGCACAAGCAGCUCCUCGACAACUCGAUCUUCAUUGAUCCAUGGCUGGUUGAGCGCCUGUCUGCAGCCACGCAGAACCGGGCCUUGAGCCCCCACCACUAUGCUCGCCAUCUUGUGUUCACCGGUAUCGCUGUCGCCCACCUGCUCCUGCAUCUGCGCCGUCAUGCCGUCGCCCCGCUCGUUCCGCCUAAAACUAUCCUGGACAACACUCCGCCUAUCACCACCAACCUCGAGUACGUUGAGCCGCACCACGACGAGAAUGACUUCGUCUUCGAGGCUCUGCUCUUUGGUGGCAAUGUCACGGGCCAGUGGGUUCGUGAGGCCUCGCCGAUCCGUCAACCGCUUCCCCUCGCCGCCGACGAGCCUAAUUGUCAAGAAGGAGGCAUGGUUCUGCCCGCUGCGAUUAGCCGCCCCCCAACCCCCACCAUCAACCCCAAGCCCUUCGACUGCGUAUCCGUCACAAAGGCCGACGGCGAGACUCACCCUAUCCCAGACUCAUGGCUCGCAGAACUUGUUCAAGCAGCGUUCGAGAGCGGCUCAAUUACCAUGGAAGAGUUUCCUCCCCCGACCGGGGACCCCUUGUCGCGGGAUGAGGCGACCUCGUACCCCGACAAGGGUGACCCCCAGCAGCACAGGUGCAGCCGUGUUUUCUAUUAG